AUGACCCUGAAUAUCAACUCUAGCUACAAGCUGAACUCAGGCUACGAGAUACCGAUUCUAGGAUAUGGUGUCUACCAAACUCCGGCCGACAUAACCGAAUCCGUCGUCACCCACGCCCUGAAAACCGGCUACCGCCACAUCGACUCGGCCGUCGCCUACCGCAACGAAGCGCCCUCGGCCGCCGCGCUGCUGAAAUCCGGCCUGCCCCGCAGCUCCGUCUUCUUCACGACCAAGAUCCCGCCGAAGGCCCUCGGCUACGACUCCGCCAAGGCCUACAUCGCCGAGAGCCUGUCCGUCACGGGACUCGAUUACAUCGAUCUGUACCUCAUCCACGCGCCGUACGGCGGCAAGGAGGCGCGGAUCGGCGCGUGGAGGGCGCUAGUGGAGGGCGUGAAGGCGGGGAAGAUUCGGAGCAUUGGGGUGAGUAAUUAUGGGGUGCACCAUCUGGAGGAGUUGGAGGGGUGGAUUAAGGAGACGGAUGGGAAGGAGGGGCAGGGGGCGGGGGGCGUGUUGAGCGUGAAUCAGGUGGAGUUGCAUCCGUGGUUGCCGCGGGAUGAUAUUGCGAAGUGGUGUAAGGAGAGGGGGGUGGUUGUCGAGGCGUACUGCCCCAUCAUCCGUGCCACGAAGGCUGAAGACCCUCUCCUGCUUCCCCUGGCGAAGAAGUAUAACAAAUCUACUUCUCAGAUCCUGCUGAGGUGGUCGCUGCAAAAGGGCUUCGUUCCCCUCCCCAAAUCCGUAACCCCCUCGCGGAUCGAAGAAAACGCGGCCCUCUACGACUUCGAGCUCUCGGAUGCCGACUUGAAGUCGCUGCACAUAGACGGGGUAUAUGAACCCUGUGCGUGGGACCCGACUGUUAGCACUGAUUAA